AUGGCAGCUGGCUCCCGUCGCCACAGUCGUCAGAAUGAAGAGCCUGAUUACCACGAUUCUGAUCUCCAAGCGGACGUCAGGGAUCUAGAUUUUGACAACAUCGAUAUCCCACCACGAGACGUAGGACCUGGCCCAGUCACCCAUUCGCGUAUGCAAGCAGCUGUCAAAGAUCGGAUGGGAACUCCUACACCGCAGACCACCCGAGGAGAUGACCAACAGUCGGAUAGUGGAGUUUGGUCGGACGACUCGUUUGCUCCAGAAACUAACCCUAUCAUUCACAUCGAAAGCAUCUCGGCGGGCCCUCAUGCAAGUUCCGCUCUUCGAAAGCACAUUCCCGCACGUCUACUUGCCAAGCUACCCUUUCUAAGCGAGCUGAAGUUCUCAAAACACAGUAAGCCUGUGGCUAUAGCGAACAUACGCUUAUUGCUCGGUACCUUUGCAGAUAAAUCUCUGGCGAGAUGGGGAAACCCUGUAUAUGCAUAUCUGCGUCCAAACACAAAUCGCUCCAUAGGACCCAUGUUCACCAUGGAGGGCGAUGAAGAGUACGGACGUGGGCAUAACAUCGUGAAGGUUAGCUGGGAUGAGGGCUCACUUAGGGAGGAGGUUGCACUGAAACCUCCCUUCAAACAAGCCCUGACACACGGUGAACUGUAUGCUGCAGUGAAAUACUACUUCCUACUGGCAGGAGAAGCAAGAGUGGAGGGCUUUCAACAUGACUUCAUCCCAGUGAAAGAGUCGUUUGUACAGCAUCUGACCAGCUUGUGCCAGCAUUAUGAUCCAGAUCUGCUCACACCUGAGUCUUCGUUUUCGGGAGUAUAG